AUGGGAUUUAACUUAUCAAAAUCUUAGCAUAUCUAUGGAGUCUUUCGAGAUGAUAUAGCUUAAGUGCCAGGAUAUUCCAGAGAACUUAUUUGUAUUGCUAAUAAAGAUAAUCCAGGUCAAGUUAAAGGUCCUGAAUACAAAGGAAUGAAGACAAUUUAUGAUCUCACCUAGUAUGCUUUGAGAAAAUAUCCAAACAACAAAUUUCUUGGAACUCGUAAUAGUUAAAUUGAUGGAAAACCUUAUGAGUGGCUAACUUACAGAGAAGUAUUAGAAGAAAAGGAUACAUUAGCUCGAGGUAUUAAAGCUCUUAAUUUAUGCCAGACAAUCUCAUAUGAGGGAUAGGAUUGGUAGUUCAUGGGUAUUAAUUCAAAAAACAGAAAAGAAUGGACGAUAACAGCACUAGCCUGCAUGAGAUCAUCAAUUACUAUAGUACCAUUCUUUGAAAACCUAAAUCUUGAUGGAUUAGCUUACAUUAUAAACUAAACAGGACUCCAAACAAUGAGUCUAGAAAAGAAUACAUUUGACAAAGUGAUGACGCUUGUUCUAGAAAAAAAGAUUCACUCACUAAAGAAUAUCUUAACAUUCGAAUAGAUUAGUGAAGAGCAGCUUGAAUAAGCUAAAACUCUAGGUAUCAAUGUGUUUAGUUACCUGGAUGUCUUAAAUGCAGGAUUGAGGAAUCCAAGAAUAUAAUUGCAAGAGCCCAAGCAAGACACAAUCUAUAUGUUUUGUUAUACUUCAGGUACAACUGGUGAGCCAAAAGCUGCUAUGCUUCCUCAUUCUGCUUUUGUUUCUAAUUAGCAUCUUCACGAUUAUGGUGCUGAUUCGAAGCAACUUUAAGAGGAUGAUGUUCAUAUUUCUUAUCUUCCUUAUGCCCAUACAUAUGAACAACUUAUAUUGAUAAGAUCAUUUGUUUGUGGGAUGAGUAUUGGAUUCUACAGUGGAGAUCUAAAUCUAUUAUUCCAGGACUUAAAAGUACUUAAGCCAACAAUGAUGGCUGUUGUACCCAGAAUACUUACUAAAAUAUAUCAGAUGACUUAUCAUCAAGUAAAUAGCAAAGGAGGCUUAGCAAAAUCACUCUUUGAUAGAGCUGUAGAAGUAAAAGUUGAAAAUUUAAUUUAACGUGGUAUUAUAACUCAUAAAUUGUGGGAUAAACUUAUCUUUUCCAAAAUCAAAGAAAUAUUUGGUGGAAAUUUAAGAUAAAUUUUCACAGGUGCAGCUGCUAUUGAUCCAAAGGUUUACAAUUUCUUUAGAGUUGCGCUUAGCAUGAAUAUAUAAGAAGGAUAUGGAUAAACAGAAGGGUGUGGAGGAGGAACUAUAACAAAAACUUAUGAUUUAACUGGAGGACACGUUGGUGGAGUUGUGCCAAUGUGUAGAUUGAGAUUACGUGAUAUAACAGAAAUGGGAUAUUUAAGCAGAGAUAAUCCGCCAAGAGGAGAAAUUUAAAUCACCGGAACUUGUUUAUUUAAGGGUUAUUACAAAAAUCCUGAGAAGACAAAGGAAGUUUUGACAGAGGAUGGAUGGCUUAACACAGGUGAUGUGGGUCUGAUUAUGCCUAAUGGCUCUGUCAAGAUUAUUGAUAGAGCAAGCUACAUUUUCAAAUUGUCUUAAGGAGAAUAUAUUGCGCCAGAGAAGUUACAAAAUAUCUACCUUUAACAGCCUAUUAUUCAUCAAAUCUUUGUUUAUGGAGAUUCAUUGAGAGAUUACCUAGUAGCAAUUAUAGUCCCAGAUAUGCCUUUAGUAAAAUUGUGGGCUGCUACUGCUGGAAUUGAAAUAACCAGUGAUGAUAUUUUGAUUUAAAACCCAUUACUAAAAGAGCAUUUAGUUAAGCUUUUGAAUGAAAAAGCAAACGAAUUUAGUCUCAAUGGACUUGAGAGAAUCAAGAAAGUUCAUUUAACUUCAAAUGCCUUUUCACCUGAAAAUGAUUUAGUAACCCCUACAAUGAAAAUUAAAAGAUUUAAUGUUAAAUAACAUUUUCAGAAGGAAAUUGAGGAGCUAUAUCAGAGUUGA